AUGAUCCAGACACGCAUUCCUCGCUCACCUUUUUUCCCAGCAUAUCCGGAUAUGACUCAUGAAAUGAGAUGCCUUAUUGCAAAAGAGCUUGGAAAAGUCUACUCGGAGUUGCAUUCUACCAGAAGUGUUACUGCUGGUAAACUCACCUUGUCGCCCUCUCAGACGUCUUUAAUGAUUCAACCGUUUGAUAACGCGGAGCCGGAUGGGAUCGUGCCAUACGAGAACGGACCUGCCACACAGUCAACUUUUGAUAUGCUACGCGCAAUUCUUGAUCACAAAAAAGAGCUAGCUGUUGCACUUGGUCCAAAUCAGUCAAUCAGGGUUUCUUUUUUUGAACCUCGCAACAAUCCAGCCAGCACCCCCUCACGGUUCACCAGCUCAGCCGCAAGCUAUUACCGGCAUCCUCGAUUGGGACAGCGCGCUCUUCGCCCCGCCUCUCAUGUCUUGCUCGCCGCUGAUGUGGCCAUGGACAUGGAACGACGAGGACGACGGAGACGAGCGGCUUGCAAACAAUACACCUGCAACACCCGAAUUACUUGA